GCUCAAGGGAACAGAGCAGAGCCACCACUGCCCGUUGGGUCAGAAGCCGACCGGGGAGGGACUGGAUACCCACCCAUCUUUUCAGAAUGCUGCUCCUCCUCCUGGCUCUCUAUGUAGCGUCCACUGAAGGUAUCACCCCAAACUUCCAAGAAUGCCUGGUUCUUCAUUCAGCCAAUGGCAGCACUGUGACCUGCUACUCUCCAACUGUGUUCCCUGGGUCCCUCCCGGCCGACACCGUCCAUCUGUCCAUCGAGUUCUCCAACUUGACCCAGCUACCCGUGGCCGCCCUAUGGGAUGUCCCUGACCUGGUGGAGCUGCAUCUGUCAAGCAACCACCUGGAGUCGCUGUCCUCCAAUGUCCUCCUGUGGGUGCCCAGGCUGCGGGUUCUGGAUCUGACCGGCAAUGCCCUCCGCAGCCUGCCCCCUGGCCUGUUUCACGCGUCGGCAGCCCUGGACACCUUGGUGUUGAAGGAAAACCGUCUCCACGACCUGAACACGUCCUCCCUGCAGGGUCUUAAAGCCCUAGGUCACCUGGAUCUGUCUGGGAACUGCCUGCGGUCACUGCCACCCCAGCUGUUGGCCAACCUGACUGCCCUGCGUGUCCUUGACCUUGGGAACAACCUCCUGGAGUCUCUGCCUGAGGACCUGCUGCAGGGUCCCUUGCAGCUGGACCGGCUGCAUCUGGAAGGGAACCAGCUGGCGGUGCUGGGGGCCAAGCUGCUGGCUCCCCAGGGUUCCCUAAGGUACCUUUUUCUCAAUGACAACAAGGUGGCUACAGUGGCCGCUGGUGCUUUCCAAGGCUUGAAUCAGUUGGAUAUGUUAGAUCUGUCUAAUAAUUCUCUGGCUAGCACACCCCAAGGCCUGUGGACAUCGCUCGGGAGGCCGGCCAGGGACAUGGGGGAUGGCUUUGAUAUUUCCCACAACCCCUGGAUCUGCGACAGCAAACUGCAUGAUCUGUAUCGCUGGCUGGAUGCCAACAGACACAAGAUGUUCUCACAGAAUGAAACACAGUGUGCCGGACCCAAAGCCUUGAAGGGCCAGCGGCUCCUGGCUUUGGUGGGGUCCCAGUGAGGUGUGAAGCUGUAGUGUAGUGGGGGCUGUGGCAGGAGAACAUGGCACCCCACUGAGUGAUGAGCCCCUCUACCUUAUUGGCUGCCCAUCCAAGUCACACAGGCUUCACAGCCACUUUGCCUUCCUCUGCUGUUCCUUCUUCCAGGAUGCUCUGCAUCUUUGAGGAUGCUUCUCCCUUACUUCUCGUGAUUCUUUCCCUUUCGCUAAGCCCCCAGAUCACUCCUGUCUUCCCCUGAUGGACCUCAGGCCACAUCAACUUUAUCUGGCUUCGACUUGUCUAUUUUAGGGGGAGGAGUCCCCCAGGUAGUUAAUAAAUAACCCUCGAAAUGAUUGAACAAUUCA